AGAAGAUAUCUAGUUCAUUCAUUCUUUGCGGUUUAUCAGUACAGUGCAUAUCAGACACAAACAGAGAGGUAAUAGUAUGUUCUACACAGCUUGAUCAUUGAUUUGUAUGUGAUCGCCCUGAACCAUGCUCACGUUAAUAAUGUUCGCUGUAAGCCUAAGUGGUGUGGUCAGUUUGACCGUGGACGACCUAUACCCGUACCCCUACGACAACGUAACAACAACAGAUGACCAGCUUCUACGCCGUAAUGAUGAUGGAAGCUCCUCAGCAAUCCCGAUUUCGUUUCCUUAUUUCAAUAACGUCCAAACCUCAGCAUACGUAAACACCAAUGGUGACAUAACAUUUGGGACGUUAUUGGGGGACUAUACCCCAGAUGCAUUUCCGAACGGUAGUUAUGUGAUGAUCGCAGCAUUCUGGACUGAUAUUGAUACGACACAUGUCGGACAGAUCUGGUACAAGCGUAAUAACAGCUCUGACCUCUUGACCCGUGCAGCAUCAGAUGUACAAUCAGCAUUUUCGGAUCAAAAGCAUUUCAAUCCAUCAAUGGUAUUCAUAGUAACCUGGCACAAGGUACCUUAUUAUGGAGCCUCUGGAAAAUAUUCACAACUGAGAAAUACUUUCCAGAUCGUACUCACAACUGACGGUACGAAAUCAUUUGUGAUGUUCCACUACUUAAGACUGGACUGGUCAAGGAAUGUCAUGGUUGGAUUUAACGCUGGAGAUGGGUUGAAUAGCUACACUGUAAACGGAUCCCUCAGUGAUGACGUAGUUAACCUGGUUCACAGGUCUAAUGUAGGUGUACCUGGUACGUUCGUCUUCCGUGUCGAUGGAGUCGUGAUACAACCAGCUGACCAGGAUUACACUAGUAGUAAAACUGGUAUGUGUUACCCCAAGGCCUGAUUGGAUAGAAAUAUGAUUUCAGUGCAUUUGUUGUGAGUAUAUAUGUUUGACUAAAAGGUUAAUCUAUAGUUUCAAUAGCUGGUAGAAGCAUUUCAGCUGUCUGUGUAGUUGUUAUUUUUAUCUAUUAUUUUAGCAACGUGCGCUGACAUUCAGCCUAAUAUAUAUCAUAUGGUCAGUAGUUGUCAAUUGUGUGUUUUUUUAUGUUACCAAAGAGUACAUAACUAUAGCAGUUGUUGAAACGUCCUAUUUUUGAAUAAAAAAGUGAAGUUAUAUUAUAAUAAUUAUGUGGUUCUUUAUUCAUUUCUGUGUACUUUAUGUUUAUUCCAGUCCCAUAUGAUCAGUAGUGAUGUAUUAAGUCUUUUGUGACAUAACUGACCUAACAGUGUCUUUGAUUGGCUUGGUUCUGAUUAUCGUUAUUCUGAACACGAGGCUUAAAACAGAAUUCCAAACAUACGGUAGAUUUGGCCUAUUUCGGGGUCACCGGCAGGAAGUGGAGCUAAAUUGGUGAUACUAUAUACAACUAAUAAAGUGUAACAGUUGUACCAUCUCGUUGAUUUGAACCAUUUCAUUUGUAAAAUAUUAAAGAUUACUUUUACUAAUUAUUUCCCCUUAUUAACUGUAAUAUAUAUGUUGAAAUGUAUUGUAUGUUAACCCAUAACUGAAUAUUAUACAUUUCUGUAAUUUCAAUGUUUAUAAUAUUUACCUAUAAGGCGUAUCAUAUUUGACGAUUCGAUUAGGAAAUCAUAUACGAUCGUGCUGUAUUGUCAAAUUGCACCUAAACUACCAUAUACUUUCUAAUGUUAUUUGUUUUCUUGUUAUUGUUUUAACACACAUUAUUGUAUUAGAUGGCGAUAUAUAUAGCCUCUGUUAUUGUCAAUGUGAUUUGACCUUUACCUUAAAAGGUGAGUUUGGUUUAAUUAAAAUUUGUUGAAAGAAAUUUUACUCAUUUGCCCAUGAUGAAUGGUAAGUAAAGCUUCGCCGUAUGAGUAUUCUUUAUAUAUAUAUAUGACUUUUAAUAUAUAUCAAAUGUGUUGUAGUCUGUUUCUCGGACUUGAUCUUUUUAUCAUGUAGGAUAACGUAUGAUCUGAACUAUUUAUUCAAAGAAUUGUUCUAUCAAAUGUUUUCAUACAAUUUUUUCUAUGUCAUUUAUUGACGUUUUGUUAUAUUUUUGAAUACUGAUAUUAAUAUAACAGAGAAAUACUGUCCAAAAACGAACCAAGAAAUGCUUCAGAAUACUUAAAUAUAUUUUGUUGUUAAUGACUAUAUAUUUAUACCAUUAUUUUACAAUGCCUAAACUUCAUAUUAUGCAAAAGCUGACACUUUGUGUAUGAUUUACUGACGUCAAAAUUUGUCAUUCAAUUUCAAAGCACCUGUAAUCCUUUAUUUCAAAUGGUAACAUCGCGUAAACAUGAUAUAAGAAUAGUUUUCUUUUUCCUUUUUAAAAUGUUAGAAAUCUAGCUUAAUAUAAUAACUUUAAAACUGUUGUUUUAAAGUCUGGGCAGACUAUGGUCAUAGUGAAAUAUGAGGGCGAAUUCAUAAUUUUCCAUUCGUGAAAUAUUCAGGAAUUUAUGCAUUACUGAUAGUUAACAAGGAAAUAUUUCAAUAUAUAAAACGACAAUUUAUCAUGAUAAGAUAUCGAAAUGUACAGCAUAUAAUGUGUCGGGAGCAUAUGUAACCUCUUAUAAAAUCUUAAUUUAAAUUAAGACCAUUACUUUGAUUAAUUAUUUAUGAAAAUUAAUCAAUAUCUGAAAAAUAAUAGUGGUGAAAAACAAAACAAACAAAAUAUAAUCAACCCUAGUGCUGUGUUUUUAAAAAAACCCAGCGGAGGCUACACCGAGAUUCGAACCGCAGACUUCAGAAUGUGUUAUACUAAAAACGAAAUCAAGGGGAGGUAACUGUAUAUAGGAAAAAUACAGUGCAGUGCGCGCGACAGAGAUCCUAGAGUGUGGUAUGUAACCUGUCACUCGUGAUACGAAAUGUGUAGAUUAUCUACUGGGGUGACAUGCUAUCUUAUACUAUUGGUAACAAAGAGCCAGCUUAGAAAGAUCUUAAAUAACAGAUACAAUAUUGAAAUUUAAACUGGAUAAGAUCAAUUUAUAGCACAUUUGAUUCGAACCAUUAGAAAUGCAUGCUUGGCAAACUCAAACCGAAACACCGGGUAUAAUGUGUAAGUGUUUAACAUAUUUCAGCAUUUUGUUUAGAUACGGAUCAAUGAACCCGUACCUGUUGUACUACAAGACAGACUUAUUAUCACAAUAUAUGGAAGUUUGGAAGUGCAAGAAGACUGCAUUUAUAUCAAACAUCGAAGAAAAGAGACAGGAACACAUUCAACUGAUGUCAAAGAUUAGGCAUAGACGUGGAUAUUGGGAUGAUACGCAUGCGUCGUGUUGGUGUGACUAACAGGACAUUGUAGUGGCGUACGUUGUGUUGGUUUCUAUUGAAGACUGUGUAAUAAAAUGUUAUUGUAGAAUGUCAGAGAACAUACAAUUGGUUGUAAUAUAUAAAUGAGUUAUGGUCAAUUAAACAAAACAUUAUGAACAAAUGAUAUAAGUAUAGCUGUAAUUCUAUUAUAUUUACAAAAGGAAUAACACAAUAUUCUAAUUACUAUAUGUUUUGUUAAGAAACAGAAUAAAAUGUUAAAGCUUU